CCGCAUUCCCCAUUCAUGUUGGAUGCGGGUACUGAAUGUGGCGGAAAAGCCAUCCGUGGCGAAGGAAAUCUCGGCGAUCUUGUCGCAAGGAGGAUGCAGAAGGAGACCGGGCCAGUCGCCGUACAACGCCAUCUUUGAGUUUCCGUACCAGAUCAACAACCAGAACGUCGAAAUGGCGUUCACAUCAGUCACAGGGCACUUGAUGGAGCUUGAUUUCGCGGCCAGUUAUCGGAGCUGGAAGUCAUGUGAUCCUGUCGAGUUAUUCACGGCAAAGGUCGAGAAGAAAGUGCGCGGGGACCAAAAGGCCAUCGAAGGUACCUUGCGCACUGAAGCCGCCCGUGCUCAGUGGCUGAUACUAUGGUUGGAUUGCGAUCGUGAAGGGGAAAACAUUGCGUUCGAGGUCAAAUCCGUGUGCGAGAUCGUGAAUCGACGGCUUCGUGUGUUUCGAGCGCGGUUUUCGGCGCUCAUUCCUCGAGACAUUCAGCACGCUGUGCAGCACCUCGUCCAGCCGAAUGAAAAUCUAUCCCUCGCAUGCGAUGCGCGAAGUGAGAUCGAUCUCCGGCUCGGCGCUGCAUUCACCCGUUUCCAAACCAUGCGCCUUCAAAAGAAAUUCCCACAGAUCCACGCACAGAACAACCCUGCCAACGCUGGAGACAACAAGGUCGUGAGCUUUGGGUCGUGCCAGUUUCCCACGCUCGGGUUCGUCGUGGACCGGUACCUUGCCAUCGAAUCGUUUGUGUCCGAACCGUUCUACUCGAUCCAUGUCACCCAUGCCAUCCCCGACGUCGGCUCCAUCACGUUCUCAUGGGCACGCAAUCGGCUCUAUGAUCACUUGGCCACCCUCGCCCUCUUCGAGGCAUGCGUCGAAGCCAAGGUCGCCACCGUCACGUCUAUCACGCGGAAAGAUACGUCCAAGCGGAAACCAUUCCCGUUGACGACCGUCGAGUUCCAGAAGCGCGCGGCUCGAUGGCUGCGCAUCACGUCGGAGGAAGCCAUGGCUGCGGCCGAGUCGCUGUACAACAAAGGGUUGCUUAGUUAUCCUCGCACAGAAACCGACAGCUUCAAGGAAGGGACCGACUUGAGCGCGCUGCUCUUGCUGCACCUGCAGCAUGAUUCGUGGGGAGGCUACGUCAGCCAGCUCCUUCACCACGGCAAGUUUGAGCACCCCCGCAGUGGCAAGCACGACGAUCAAGCCCAUCCCCCGAUUCACCCGACCAAAGCUGUGCCGCUCGCGUCACUCCACGACAAGGAGCGCAAAGUGUACGAGUUUGUGACCCUUCACUUUCUCGCGUGCUGCAGCAUGGACGCCAAGGGACACCAAACGACGGUGCACAUGCAAAUGGCGGACGAACACUUUUCCGCGAGCGGGCUCAUGAUUCUUGCGCGCAACUACCUCGACAUCUACAAGUUUGAAACCUGGAGCAACUCGGUCAUUCCCGUCUACGACCAAGGCGACGUAUUCGCCCCAACGUCGCUCACGCUGCAAGCAGGCGCGACGACGCCACCCCCGCUGCUCACCGAAUCCGACUUGAUUGCCAAAAUGGACACCCACGGCAUCGGGACCGACGCCACGAUCGCCGAGCACAUCAAUACGAUCCUCAAGCGCGAGUACGCCAUCAAGGUCAACAACAACACGCAGUUCAAACCCACAGCGUUGGGCCUUGCUUUGGUCCAGUCGUACAACAAAAUGGGGUAUCAACUGGCAAAACCGGACCUGCGCGCUGCGAUGGAGCGCGACUGCACGGCCAUCUCCCAGGGCCACAAGUCGAUGGACGAGGUUAUUCGGUCGUGCAUGAUCCAGAUGCGAGAUAUCUUUGAGAGCGUCGUGCACAAAUCCAGCGUGUUGGAUGACACGUUUGGGCAGUACUUUGGCGGGGCGGUCCAUGGCGGCAACCACCACGCUGCCCGCGAUGCCGCGAUGGAUGUGGCGAACUCGCAGUUGAUGGCGUCGCAGUUCAGUCGAUGUGGGACGUGCGGAUGCUCUGAAAUGGAGUGGCGGUGGGUGUCGUUGCAUAUUUGUCAAGUUGUGAUGUCCAUGCGUCAGGAAAUCCAACCACGACACGACCAACCUAUUUCUGUCGUGCCCGAGAUGCGUCACGACAUUUGCGCUGCCCAUGCACUCGUCCGUCGUCGCGAUGGCUGGCACGUUCUGUCCGUUGUGCCGCUUCCAAGUCGUCGAGAUCCAUCGAGUCACAAACCCACAGCACCCAUACACGGUGUGCCCCCACUGCUUCAACCACCCCCCGAAUUCGCGACUGCAAGAGAUGGCUUGCUUUCACUGCGCCGCGCCAGAGUGCCCCCUUGCCACGGGUGCGCAAGAUCAAUGCGUCGUGCAGUUUUGUCCGAGUUGCCGCGCGCAUCCGAUGAAACUCAAGCGCACGAAAACGUCCAAGUUUACGGUGGGGUGCGUCGACUACCCGUCGUGCACGACGUCGGUGUGGCUGCCAUCGGCUGUGAAGACCGCCAUCGUCACGUCCACGCUGUGUCCGACUUGCUCGAACGUCCAACAGAUGAUCUUCAAGCUGGCGCUGCGCUUCGCACCUGGCGCGCUUCCGCCUGACAUAGAUCAAGGCAAUGGUGAAGACUAUUACGAAGCAUGCUUGUUCUGCGACGCAUUGCUGCAAGAAUUGUUUCAGAUUCGAUUGCCUGCCGCGUCAGGGCCACUGUGUUCAAGCAGGGGACCAGCGAUGCCACGGCUGCAGCUGGAACAGUCAUACGCACGCGUGGCGACAGCAAACGUACCGCCGUCAACGAGUAACAAUGAGUACAGGCAAUCUAUCACGAAUCCUGGGAAGAAACGAGCUCGGACCACUGCAGCAGCAAAGGCAGGACGGGAACCACGUGGAGGCCCGUCGAUGCAGACGGACUCGUCACCAAAUAUUCCCUUGUGCCCCGGCCAUCAAGCUCCAUGUGCCACGCGGGAAGUGCGCAAAGACAACGAGAACAAAGGCCGCAAGUUCUACUGUUGCAGUUUCCCGCAAGGCGAGCAGUGCGAUUUCUUCGAGUGGGUCGACGCCCCCGACACCGCGUCGUCACGUUCCACGUCGGCGUCAUCCACUCGUUCGAGGAAGACGCCCCGAGACACCGACCAAGUGAUGUGCACAUGCGGCGCUCCCGCCCUUGAACUCACAUCGCGGACGGCCAACAACCACGGCCGCAUCUUCUUCAAGUGCGCCAACAAGGAAAACAACUGCAACUUCUUUCAGUGGGCAGAUCCGUGAGAAAUAUCAAUUAUUUUUUCUCGUGUAGCAAAA